UACUUUCUACGAGUGCAUUUUACAUUGUUUAUGUUUUUACUUUCAGUUUUGAGAGUAUUUUGAAAUGAACAAAACUAUUUUAGAUCUUAAUGAUGACUGCAUAGAGUGUUUAUUUAAAUGUCUUCCGAUUGAUACUCACCUGAGCUUGGCAAGAGUUUGCACACGUUUUCGAAAUGUUUGGCUAAAUUAUCGUAAAUAUAUUUAUGCUCGACUUGAACUUGGAGAAACAACCGCUGAAGGAUUUCAACAAGAGCUGUUGCUAUUGCGACAAAUAAGUGAACAUGUAAAGCAUAUAACUAUAAAUAUGAACAGGAACUUCGACUGGAGUGGCGCGCCAUUAGCACAUUUCAUGGCCAUUCUACAAAACAUGUCUGCACUUGAACGUGUGUUACUGUGGAUUAGGGAAGACGAAUCACAUAAGACUUAUGAAUGCAUCCUGCGAGCUCUUGAGCGAUUGCCAAGGAUGAAAGGAAUCGCCACUUAUCAAGAUAACAACGUUAUUGAUAGUUUAUAUCAGUUCAACGACUGUGAAAGCUUGCUCAGGGAAUCGGCUCAAAGUAGAGACCCGCUGAUGGAAUUCAUUGAAAACCAUACGAAAAUACGUGUAUUGUUAUUUAAUGAUGCUUCCAUUCGGCCAACUCUAGAGGAUCUUGUGCGGCACUCAACGUGUGUAAGGGAGCUCACUUUUCGCAUGACCCAAAAGGCUGCUGAGUACGUGCCUCUGGCUGAACUGCCUGCGCUAAGGGAGCUGCAUAUCUUUGGCAAUGGCCAGAAACAAGAUUGCUGCCCUCUGCUGCCAUUAGUAAAAUCAAUAUCCUCAAAACUCUCCCAGCAACUGCACACCCUAACGAUCAAUGCGCCUGGACUUGGCUAUCCAGAAGCCUGUGAAAUUGCACGUAUAAGUAGUUUGCAGCGACUGGAUUGCCAUCUUACAGAUCCACAGUGCCUGAAGCCUUUGAUUGCUCUCAAUCAGCUCACCGAGUUAUUUAUACAGCUACCAGACUGUAGUCCUAUCGAUGACUUGGUUUUAGAUAUAAUCAAACAUUGCCACAAGUUAAAUGUUUUAAGAAUAGAUUUACCAAACCUAGGCUCAAAUUUUCUUCCUGAGGCAUAUAAGUUGUUGCAACAAGUGCGAGAUCCAAGCAAACAGGAGCCAUUAAUACUUCUGCUGGGUAUCAAUUGUACAAAUUUAGACAAGAAUAUGAAUAGUUAUUUAAAGGUAAUACGACAAGAAUAAUAAGUAGAAGUGUUCUAGUCCAGACUGCUCGAUAUACAGAUUCUUGCGUCCUGAUCAAGA